AACUUGUCAUCGGCUGAAAAAGCCUGAGCUCCGGAAUUAAUCAGUGCUGUGUGGGGCUGCUUACAGAUUUCUUCUGCUGCCUGCGGCUAUGGAUUCACACUGCUGUCCUCUCAGACCAAGGAUAUCACCAAAGUCUGGGGCAUGGGACUCAAUAAGGAUUCCCAGCUAGGCUUCCACCAGAGCCGGAAAGAUAAAAGCCGGGGCUACGAGUAUGUUCUGGAGCCUUCGCCCGUCCCGCUACCUCUGGACAGCCCUCAGGAGACGCAGGUGCGGCAGGUCUCCUGCGGCCGAGCGCACUCCCUGGUCCUGACAGACAGAGAAGGAGUCUUCAGCAUGGGGAACAACUCCUACGGGCAGUGCGGCCGCGCGGUGGUUGCAGGUGAGAUCUACCGUGAGAGCCACCGAGUGCAUCGACUGCAGGACUUUGACGGGCAGGUGGUCCAGGUUGCCUGUGGCCAGGACCAUAGUCUCUUCCUGACGGAGAAAGGAGAGGUCUACUCCUGCGGCUGGGGUGCCGAUGGGCAGACAGGUCUGGGUCACUACAACAUCAGCAGUGUGCCCACCAAGCUGGGUGGGGACCUUGCCGGGGUGGACAUAGUCCAGGUAGCCACCUACGGGGACUGCUGUCUGGCCGUGUCUGCGGAGGGCGCCGUCUUUGGCUGGGGGAACUCCGAGUACCUGCAGCUGGCGUCCAUCACGGAUUCCACACAGGUGAACGUACCUCGGCAUCUGCCCUUCUCAGGCGUGGGGCUGGUGAAGCAGGCGGCGUGCAGCGGGACUGGCUGCGCCAUCCUGAACAGAGACGGCCAUGUGUUUGUCUGGGGCUAUGGAAUUCUGGGAAAAGGACCCAACCUCAUGGAGUCAGCACUUCCCGAAAUGAUCCCACCCACCCUCUUUGGCUGGACGGAGCGUAACCCGGAAGUCCAGGUUUCCCGUGUCCGGUGUGGCCUCAGCCACUUUGCUGCGCUUACCAACAAAGGAGGGCUGUUUGUGUGGGGAAAGAACGUCCGGGGGUGCCUGGGUAUCGGCCGCCUGGAGGACCAGUACUUCCCGUGGAGGGUGACGAUGCCCGGGGAACCUGUGGAUGUGGCCUGCGGCGUGGACCACAUGGUGACUCUGGCCAAGUCCUUCAUCUGAAUUGCCUUCCUCUCCUGCCACACACAGCCACUCGGCCUCAAGAGUGGCUUUGUGCCAGCCAGCAGGGGCUCUGGUAGGGGUUGCUAAGUCAGGACCUUUUGUGACACGUAGCAGGGACAGGGUACCAGUCUGGUCUGGGUGACGUGGCCUCCUUCCUCACUAAGGAGACGGGCAGCCAUUGGGAGUGAGCAUCCGAGGGGUGGGGUGAGGCUCAGCCUGGCUAGGGAUGGAGGGGGCAGUCUACCACACGUGCCGACUCCCCAGUGUCAUGAGCCUGGGAACCUGCCUGCCCACAGCACACCCAGAGCUUGGUCGUUGGCAGUGGCUGACAGCUGCAUCCUCAGGAGGUCACUGUGCCCCCCACCCCCACCCCCACCCCGUGUGACCUGGCUUGUAUGGAGGAGGCUGUGCAUCGCCUGGGGCAAGUCCAGCUGAGCUGAGGCGGCCAGGCCAGCCCGAGUGCCCCUCCAUGCCCACGCCGCUCCCGCACCAGUCCUGGACGGCUGCGCCCAGCCAGCUGGCUGAGGGGGCACACAGCAAGCUGCCCGUGCUGCCCUGGACAGGCUGCCCAUGGAGCCAAGAGCUUGGACCCCCAGGCUCUCACUCAUGAGCCCUGUGACCAUCCUUACUGCCGGCCUGGAAAUGCUGAGAAGCCCCCGAUGGAAGGAAGUCCCGGCCAGAUUCCUGUGGGGCGAGGCUGUGAAUGCAUCCCUAAGAAACUUGGCUGGCUGGUUCAGAAGUUGUAAAAAGCAUUUGAUUUAAUAAUGUGACAUGUCUUUCUCCUGAAAAACAUCUUUUAAAAAUCACUUGUUGGAAUAAAAUCCAUUCUCUGCCUUUUUA